AAGACUAAAUUUUUUGUUUACACAUUUCAACUUCACUCUUCUUUCAACACAACACAAUAAAAAUUUCAAAGUAAAUUUUCCUAGGUAUGUGAAAAGAAGCCAACACAAUACAAUACUUGAACAAUAAUAGUACAAAAAAUAUACCAGAAUGACAAAAAAGAAGGAAAUUGAACGGUUAAUUGCUAGAUAUCGGGCUGAUAUUGCAGCUUUAGAGGAGAGGGAAGAACAUUUUAUGAGACGAAUAGAAAUCCUACAAAACAUCCUUCCUACAGUCUUAGUGUGGUACAUGUGGAAGGUUUCACAAUCCAGCAGAGAACGCCCAUUCCUGCAGCAUGAGACUGAGGAAAGGGCAAGAAGUAAGUUGGAACAUCUGCAGAGUAUGUUAUUGGAACUUCAGCAAGCAGAUCAGCUGCUCAAAGAAGAGGAAGAUUUGAUGAGACAUAGGAUCGAUGAACUUGAAAAAUCCUUGACCUUUCCUCGAAACUCCUCUAGGAUGAUUCACUCUGAAACAACAGGAAUAUUAGAUGCCCAAAAAGACAAAGUUGAUAAAUUAGAUUACCACAAUUUAGCAUCUAAUGUGUUACAACCGGCUAAAGACAUUGAUUGGAAAACUGUUUCUGAGGAUUUAACAAAAGAGGCUGGUGAAUUGAGAGACAAACUAAACAAUUCUUUACAAAAACUUCAGCAGAGCGAAGACAAUGCCAACAAUUUAGAGAAAAAAUCUUUGACAUUGGUGAAAGAGCUUGAAGGAAAUGUAAAAUUACUGGAAACACAGAAAGGAAAGCCAACACCAACUUUAAAAGUGGUUGAAAACGAAGAAACUACUUUUCAAGACAAAUAUGAUGGAAAAAGUCUCUCUUCGCUCCAAGAAGAUCCUGCUUUUGAAAAACAAAUGAGACAGUCGGAAUCAAAGUCUUUAACACAUAAUGAGGAUAAUUCUAUGGGACCACUAGCAGAAGUUAGUCAUGUUCAAGAUUUGACUUCCUUGCUCUCAAACUCCUCAAAAGAAGGAAAAACACAUGAAAUGGACAAUCAACCAUUGAAAACACCAGCUUCUAUAUUUAAUGAACCAGUAUCGGUUGAAUUAAAAGUAAAAGAUAUGUCAUUAAACAACCUAUCAACAACAAUGGAACCACAACAAAGUCCCAAAGAGUCUUCAGUCUUAGACAAACUUUCAAUCUCCUCUACUGCCAAACCUCAAUCACCUAAUACAUGGCCCAGUACAGAUGGCAACAAACCAUCUAAUGGUACAGUAAUUGGCUCUUUAGUUUCAAAAAAUUCUAUUUCAAACAAAUCUGAGCCUGAAAUGCCUAUGUUAGUAUCACCAGCUGUUGUUGAAGGCUCUUCCGUUUCUAAAGUUGUAAUGGAUACCGCUGAAGACCAUUUUCCAGAUGCCCUUGCUAUUACUUCAGAAAACAUUUUGGAAUCAGGUAAAAAUGAAAUUUCUAAAUUAGAACAAAAAGUUUCAACACAUCUAGAAUCAUUACAUCCGGCUGAAGAAAGUGUGCUCAAAUUAGAUGUAAUCAGAAGAAUCAAUUCAGAAGAUGUCCCUCAACUGACUUUAGUGACAGACCCUCACUCAAAAUCCACUACUAGUCCUGAAAUCCAAGAAGCUACUUCAAAGAUAGAUGUAGUUAAACAACCAACAUUGAAUAUUUCAAGAGAGACUUUGUCAGAAACAUCUCAAAUUGCAGACAUUGAAGUUGGUAUUGAUAAGAGGAAAAGUGUAAGUGGAACUGAAGGUGAAAUGUUAUCAUCCUUUAAAAAAGAAUCAGUUUCUAGUCCAACAGAAAAUAAAUUGUCGACUCCUGAAAAGCCACCCAUCUCUGGAGUUUCCCAUGAUGUCACCCGGUCUGUUUCCAAGGAAUUUCCUUCUAGAGGUGAAUCGUCUUUAGCAGAACUAGAAGAUUCUCCUGACAUCAAUCCAACUUCUCAUGUUCUGUCUAAUACGCAGAUUCCAGUUAUCUCACCCAGUAGAACAAAUAUAAAAGAUACGAUUUCUGAAUCCGCUAGUGAUCAAGCUCAUGAUUCUAAAGUUGUAAUGGAUACCGCUGAAGACCAUUUUCCAGAUGCCCUUGCUAUUACUUCAGGAAACAUUUUGGAAUCAGGUAAAAAUGAAAUUUCUAAAUUAGAACAAAAAGUUUCAACACAUCUAGAAUCAUUACAUCCGGCUGAAGAAAGUGUGCUCAAAUUAGAUGUAAUCAGAAGAAUCAAUUCAGAAGAUGUCCCUCAACUGACUUUAGUGACAGACCCUCACUCAAAAUCCUCUACUAGUCCUGAAAUCCAAGAAGCUACUUCGAAGAUAGAUGUAGUUAAACAACCAACAUUGAAUAUUUCAAGAGAGACUUUGUCAGAAACAUCUCAAAUUGCAGACAUUGAAGUUGGUAUUGAUAAGAGGAAAAGUGUAAGUGGAACUGAAGGUGAAAUUUUAUCAUCCUUUACAAAAGAAUCAGUUUCUAGUCCAACAGAAAAUAAAUUGCCGCAUCCUGAAAAGCCACCCAUCUCUGGAGUUUCCCAUGAUGUCACCCGGUCUGUUUCCAAGGAAUUUCCUUCUAGAGAUGAAUCGUCUUUAGCAGAACUAGAAGAUUCUCCUGACAUCAAUCCAACUUCUCAUGUUCUGUCUAAUACGAAGUUUCCAGUUAUCUCACCCAGUAGAAAAAAUAUAAAAGAUACAAUUUCUGAAUCCGCUAGUGAUCAAGCUCAUGUUUCAAAAGUGUGGAAUGCUUCUGAAAACCCUAAUACUUCCAAUGACCUUGUAGCCUCACCACACAGAGCACUUUCCUCAUUUGAUCCAUUGAUUUUGAAUGAGACUCCUUCUCAACAAGAAGCAACACAAAGUUUUCAUGAUGUCUCCCAGACUCCUCCUGAACCAGUUACCGGUAUGUCGAAAGAUAGUAUGCCCUCCCCAUCUCAAGAAACAGUUAAAACAACACGUGUGGCAGCUAAUGAUAAUUUUAUGGUUAGAAAGCCUUCAAUCACGCCUGCUAAUCUUCCUAAUCUAGUGGAAUCUCAAAAUGAUGAUGUGGUAAUUUCACCCAACCCAUCAGAUUCGGAAGAGGUUAUGUCUGGUCUGAACAUAAAAAAACUAUCUAUAUCUGAAACACCAAUUACAAAAGUUUUUAAAGAGGUUUCAAAAGAGAAAGUGCUGCCAAAAUCCUCAUCAAAUCUUAAACAAAUAUCAUUCGGUUUGGAUAAAGGUGUAACUGAAGGAGGAAGAGAGGCUUUGCUUUCAGAAACAGGAGUUUCAAAAGAGGUUCUUCCAAAGGAAAAGGCAAAUAUUCUUGUUAAUGAAAUGCAACAAUCGUCCUCUAAUCGUUCUGGAGAAUCAGAAAAAAAGCCAAAAGUUGACCUUAUAUUAACCAAACAUAAGAUUACAGAUAAAGUAGAACCAAUUGAGUCUCAUCUAGUAGGCUCGACAACAUCAGGGAAUGGAAAAUCACCAGUGUUUCCUGUUAUUCAAGCUACUAAAACAGUUUCAGAGCAAUCUUUAGUGCCCGGAAAUGAUGGAAUUUUACCUGAAACAUCUGAAGACAAAAGUCAAUUCAAGGAAUCUAUAGACCAUCCAACCACUGAGGCUGAAAAGACUUCACUCAAUCUAUCUGGCUCUAGUACCCUGCCAAUGCAGACUAAAAUCAUACAGGAAUGUCCAAAUAAAGAACUGUCAAAAGAAGAAUUUUCCUCCUCUCCCCUCUUAGUACCCGCAUCUCACUCAAAGAAUCUCUUGUCUCCCUUCCAAGACACCAGUCAUUUUAAAGGGAUGGAUCUGGAUAAAGUUGAUGUAGAACCUAAAGUUACUAUUAAACCAUUAGAAUCAAUACAAUUCGUUCCCUUAAAAUCUGCGGCCGAUAGAACUGAAGGUCAAGCCAUAGUAUCUGAACCAAUGGAGGCUGCUUCCACUGGAUCCAAAACGACUCUGCAUGAUAGUAGUUGUUUACUGCAGGUACCAUAUCAUGUUGGUGAACCGAACGUUACCAGUUUAGCAAUGCAGACGUUGCAAGGCAAGAUGCGUGUGAAGGAUCACCUAAUCAAGUCAUUAGCUGAUCAUCUUCGCGAGCUGGCUCGCAACAACGUGUGGUCUGGAAGUGCCGCACUAGAGGCAGCAGCAACCACCGAUCCAACUACAUCAUAUGAUUUUGACAGGAACACUCUCCUACUCUAUGUAAAAGGAAAGGAACCAGAGAGUUAUGUUCCCUCUAUGGAGACCAAUGAAGACCCAAACUCAAAUCCCCUUAAAGUUGGGAUAGUUCGUAGACUUGAUAAUGAUAGCCUAUUGAUAAAGUGGGAGCGACCACUUUCAGCUGAGACAGUUGGAUUUCAGAUUUUCCUGAACGGCCAAUUCAUGUACUGGGUACAUUCAGCCAAACGUAACCUAGCUCUUCUUCACCCUUUAGAUCUGAGAUGGCGGCUGGAAAUCAAUGUAAGCGCUAUCGAUGCAUCUGGAGGUACUAUUUCACGAUCUAUUUUUCUAUAUAAGCCCGAGUGAACAAAUGUUAGGUAUAUAUAUUUUUUUGUAACCAUUAUAUUUAUUUUAUAAAGCAAUUGCAAUCCAUACACA